GGCUUCUAAACUCAGAUAGGGACAGCGGUAGGGACGGGCGUUUCUCUCUUGGCUGGGGAAAAGGGGUAAUCGCUAGCGAGGGGGGUGGACGCAUAGAAGAAUCGUCGGCGACUCCAUAAGCCUGGGAGAGAAGAAGUGGAUGUUCCAUCACAGGGGAAACUAUGGAGCAAAAGACUGCUGGAAGCCAUCAGCUGGGACUGUGUGUGCUUUGUGGCUUACCAGCAGCAGGUAAAACUAGGACAGCACAAGCAUUGAGUUCCUCCUUGAGGAAGCGUAAAGGAUGGUCCUGCAUUCUUCUGACUUAUGACAGUCUCAUUCCUUUGGAAGCAUUCAGCCAAAUAGAGAUUUCUCAUUGGAGAUCAUACCGGCAUGAAUUAUUAUUGUAUCUUGAACACUUCCUUCAGGCUCUUAUUAAAGGAUGCCAUUACUUUCCUCCUCCAAACAGAACUGAAACAAUGUGGAAAAGUUUUGUCUCCUGUUUGAUGGAGCAAGGAUUAAUAUCUGCAGGAACAGAAGACUCUGCAUCUUGUCAAUAUUUAAUAGAUUUCAUCCCACUCAGGCCAAUAUAUUUUAUUUUAGAUGACAACUUUUAUUAUCGGAGCAUGAGAUAUGAAGUGUUCCAGUUAGCUCGCCAAUAUUCGUUGGGCUUCUGUCAGUUGUUCCUAGAUUGUCAGGUUGAAGUUUGUUUAGAGAGAAAUUGUCAGAGAAAACAGCCAUUACCUGAAGAAACCAUAUUUGCAAUGGCACAAAAACUAGAAUGUCCAAAUCCAAAGAAAUACACGUGGGAACAAAAUAGCCUUAUUCUGAAGAGUGCUGGAUUUUCAUUAGAAGAUAAUCUUCAGGUGUUUAAUUUGUUAUCUUCUGCUUUGGAAAAUCCAGUAAAACCCAUGGAAGAGAAUACAGAAGUAAAGGAAAUGGAUCGGGCUAUAUGUGCAGCCAGUGUUCUACAUCAAGCUGAUCAAGCUCUCAGGCGAACAAUCUCUGAAAUGAUGCAGAAUGCUAAAGCCAAUAGCCUUAUUCCACGUGAGAUGAAGAGUUUGUCAGAGGAGCUCAACAAGCAGAAAGUAAAAUUCCUAGAAGAUUUAAAGCAAAAGUCUAAUAAACAAAACCAGUGCUAUGUAGAAAAUAAUACAUUUAAUAUAACUUCUUUAUUUUCCCAAGAGACAGAUUAUAUUGUUAAGAAGUAUUUAAAUAAAUAGCAUUUUAUUUUGCUUCAUGGUAUCAACUGUGUGGUGGAAAUUUUACAAGAAUAAAGCUAUCUGUAACAGGUAUGGUUUCCCUGUGUAAUUUUAAAAACAUUGAAAGUCAGUUCUGAAUGGUGGAAUAUAUUGUUCAAUCUGAGGAAUAAGUUAUUUCCUGCUUGAAGGUGUUUAAUUAAGAGGCACUAUUUUUUUCUGCCAGCUUUCCAGAUUAGUUGCCCAUUGUUAUGGCUGUUGUAGAAAAAGACAGGUCUCAUUCUAAGCUCCUCAUAGGAGCCAGGCAAGCAGGCUGAAAGCUCCCCAUGACUUUAUCGCCUAAAAGCAACAAAGUACUAGAAUAACUUAACAGGUGUCUACUACACUGAUUUGUUCAUAGUGCCUAAUGGACCUUGGUUGACCUCAAACUAAACAAGGUUAGAGAUGGUUAAUAUCUGCAUUAAAGUUCACUAAGAAAUCCCAGGGUUAUAGGUUAUACCAGGAAGUUUAAAAAAUGCUGAAAGGGGAAGUGAUAAACCACUUCCAUUAUUAUUGCCAAGAAACCUACAUGUCAUCAGAUCAGCUUAAUGUGAAUAAAUGUACCUUAUCAACAUCCUGAGAAAGUAAUGUUGUUUUAUUUAAAGUAUUUUAAUUCUAUUCUUCAUCCAAAAAGGCUUCCAACAGCUUUUUGGUGGAUCAAAUUAAUUGGAAAUCCAGAUGGGAAUAUAUUCUUGCUUCACCUUUAUAUCUUACCAUAUAUCAAAGCACAAGAUGUACGUUCUGAUUUCGGGCAACUCACUUUUCUCACUGCUGUCCUAGAUGCCUCACCUUCCUUCUUUUAGUACUGUCUCCAACCAAGUUGGUGACUAUUAAUGCUAUUUAUUCUUUUGAUAUUACUGCACGAAACAAGGAUGCAGUAUUUUUUUUAAAACCGCAUAGAUUUUUUUAGCCUGUCCAUGCAUCAUCUGCAAUAUUUCCUUGUUAUUGACAUUUUUCAUCAUGUGUUAUCAGUCUUCAAUACAAUAUUCAUAUCUCUAUGCAUUCUGUCUUGCUUAUAUACGCUCAGCCCUUUAUAUAAAGGCUUCUGUUCUCUUGAUUAUAACUUGGUCAUUGUCUAUGCUUCUACUUCAUACAAAAGUACUGCAAGAUUUAACAGCAAACAAUCUGCCAACAGUCUUAAGUUCCAACAGCAAACAAAUUUACUUAUUUUUCAAAAAGGAGCUGCCACUUGUUCAGUCCUGCUUACUACUUCAAUGCUAUGUGGCCAUUUAUUAUUGAAAAUACAGUCCAGGUACUUAUGUUGUUACACUCUGACUUGUUUUCCUGUUAGCAUAUCUAGUUCAAUUAUUUCAUUAUGCCCAUCCAUCCUUGCUCCUGAUUUAUUUCAAUUCUUAGUUAAUGAAUUAAAAAGAAAUAGGUAACACCCUGUUUUCAUUCCAUGGGCUCCAAUAUUUUAAAAUACAAAAUGCAGAACUAAUAUUCAUAAGCACAGUGAGGUGGAACACACCCAAGCUGUUCAUGAGUGAAGCCCUAGGAUGGGAGAAUACCACCAAUGAUUUUGUCAUUUGCUUCCCCAGUAUACUUGGGACCAACUGGCUACUGGUGUUUUCCUGUUAAACGUGCCCUCUUUACCACCUAGCAAAACAGUACAAAUAAACAAGUUAUCAGUGGACUAUAGUAAUCUACUUGGCAAAUUAUAUUCUGUAUUUACCCAUUAUUGUAAGUGACCACUGGUAAUUAUGUAGAUAAAACGAGGUAAUGUUAUUUGAGAUAGAGAGGAGGGAGGCAGUGUGGAUAUAUAACAGUACAAAUUAUGCAAAAUAAUUAUCUUUUGUAGGAAGGUGGUUAUAUAAAAAUAUUUUCCAAAACCCAAUUUUCAUUCUGGCUAUAGAAAUAGGUUUGUUUCUUUGGAAUAGAUACUAAAUAACUUUUUAGAAAUACAAAAUGUCAUUCAGUGAGAAAAAAAUGCUUUGAGACUGAAAUAGCUUCCAGCAAGGAAUUUGCUGGGUUUUUGGAUUUACACAGAUGGAAAAAGCUUGGCUAGCACAUUUUUUAAAGUUACAUUCCUUUGUUGAAGAAUUAAUAGACUAACAAAACAGAACAAGGCUAUGUGCUUCCUGUUCAAUACUAUAAUUAGGUUAAUUAGAAACAGCACAUUUUGGCUCCUAUCACAAAAGAACACACACACUGACAGUUCCAUCCAAGUUGAGUGCUUUGAAAUCUCAUGCAAAUAUGGCUGUCACUAAAAUCAGUGGACUUUAAAUAUUUAACUUGCCCGAGUUCUUCUCAUUGCUUUUGUCAGUUGCAUCCCAUUCAGUUUUAAAUUAGAUUUGUAUGGCAAAUUUCAUGAAAUUUUUUUCAACCUACUUAUCAGUCUUUGCGUUACAGGCAGCAAUUCACAAUCAAUAGUACUGCAAAAGGCAUCAGGGAAACUUCAAAAUAAGUUGAAGUGUCUCUUGGGCAGUGCUGCCACCUGAAUGCCAAAUCUGAAUUCAUUUUAAUAAAAUGAAAAAAAAAUGGUAACAGCAUAAAAUUUUUUUUAAAAUUGCAGCAAAAGCUUGAUGCACUAAUGUUAAACCCAAUCUGUAAAUUUCUAUGUAGUUAUUCUACAUUUCAUAAGGACCUAUUAAUGAAGGUACUUCAUGUAAUGACGAUACCUAGACAUUGUACAACAUAAUCAACAGAUCAUAAGUCUCAGUACCUCAGACUUGUACUGCCUGCUUAGUGGAUUCCAGCUGUAACUUAAGUCAAUAACUUUGGUCUUUGCAUGGCCACACUGGUCCAUGCAGAAAUCUUUGGAAGCUGUAAAACUAGUGCUAAUAGGGAUCCAAGACAUCUGCAGAUCAGCUUUCCCUAAAGAGGUCACCAAUAAAGUCUUUCUCAUAAGCACCUGUGCACGCACAUACUUUUUAAUCCUAAUUAAAAUGGCAGAAUAUACUGUUUGUGUUUUUAAUUAAUUUAGAGGUAAAUCACAACAAUGUUACCUUUCAGGUGCAAGAGGCCUGAAACCUCUUCCAAAAUUUAACAUGGUAAUCCUUCAGUCCUGUUUUACAGAACAAAUAUAAUCCAGAAUAGGAUUCUGUGACCAAGAUCUGCCAAUCUACCAUGAGCAGUUAGAGAUAUCCACAAUUGUCUCUUUACCUGGGCCUUCAGUCUGUAAAUACUGGAUAUCUUUCUUGUAUGUUUUUGCUUUUGUAUUUCUGUCUCCUUCAAGCCUGCAUGUACAGAGUUUGUUAUUAUGUACUUUAUAUUUUGUAAAUUGCUUCAAGAUAUUUCUGAAGAGGAAGUGACACAAAGUUAUAUUAAAGAGUAAUAUUAAGUUCCCUUAAACAUGCCCUUGUGGGCAAAUCCUUGU